AUGCCUAGUUGGUGUGGUUUCGGUUUUUUAAUACAUUAGAUUAAUAUGCUGUGGCAGUUAUUGAUUGAUUAUUUGAUGUGAUGUCGCUUGAAUGAUUUGAUUCGCUGAUAAUAUAUAUAUUUCAAGUCUAGAUAAGUUUUUUGGUCCCCCAAGGUGAGGCUCCAUCUCUGGUCUGCGAAUAGUUUCAAAUCUUUGGAUAUGUAUUUUCAUAUUAUAGUCCGUGCGCUUUUACUUGGUAAAAUAAUCAGGAAUUAGGCUGAGAUUGGAUUGCCUAUGUUUUAAUCAUAGAUAUAUUGUUUUAUGGUAAUGGUUCUAACAAUUCUCAGCUCCAUUGUUUAUUUGGCCCUUCGAUCUUCAGUGGUCCUGCAGCUUCUCCUUUGGACCACCAGGUUUUACCUCUAUUAAUAAUUAUAUCCCCGUAUCAUCCUAACGGGGACCAUUCUUUGGGGGAAAACUUGGAUUUGACUUCAAAGAUUUCCUCGAAAUUCUUGUGAAUGGAACCCGUAAUCUCUUGCGUGGCACUACAUGGCUUCUAUUCUUGUGUUCCCAUCCUUCUUUUGUAUAUAUAUACUCUGCACUGCAGAUAUCAUCUUUUAACCCUCCAGGUCCAACACUGUCCACCGGUGGCCAUGGCCUUCCCCGACGAUGACUUUCUGGAUCUCCUCUUCUCUGACCACACCGCCGUUCCUGCAACUGCCGCUUCAGCCAUUGCCGCAAGCACAACAACCACGACUAUUUCCUCCGGUGAGGAACAGGGUAAUAACUGGAAUGACUGGUCUCCUGUCAUGGACUGGAGCUCUGACUUCCGCGAUCUCAUUGACUCGAUUAUGGCUGAUGAAGCCACCAUAAUGGACCCUUCUCCUCGACUUUUGGCUUACGACCAUGACCAAGAAGUGUGCAACUCUACAUCCACGGAUUCGAUGAUGAUGAUGGUGACCGAUGCGGUUGAUCUGGAGGAUCCUAAACCCGAUGAUUUGAAGGGCUUAAGAUUGGUUCACUUGCUGAUGGCAGCGGCCGAGGCCUUAACCGGAGCCCACAAAACCCAGGAGCUAACUCGUGUCAUAUUGGCUCGGCUCAAGGAGUUGGUUUCUCCUGGCGACCGGACCAACAUGGAGAGACUAGCCUUCCACUUCACAGAUGGCUUAUCUUCACUGCUCGAGCGAGCAACUAACACAGUCAAGCGGCGGCAGGGUGGUGGGUCCCACUUGCACCGUGAGGUCCGUGACCACGUGGACGUGGUUGCAGCGUUUCAGCUGUUUCAGGAUAUGUCCCCGUACGUCAAUUUCGGUUACCUGACGGCCAACCAAGCCAUAUUGGAAGCUGUGGGAUAUGAGAGAAGGAUCCAUAUAGUGGACUACGAUAUAAUGGAAGGUGUCCAGUGGUCUUCCUUCAUGCAGGCUCUGGUCACCAGAAAAGCCGGUCCACCGGUUCAACAUCUUCGGGUCACAGCCUUGUCCCAAGCCAUCAAUGGGAGAAAAUCUGUUGCUGCGGUGCAAGAGGCUGGACGGCGGCUGGCCUCGUUUGCUGAGUCAGUCGGCCAACCAUUUUCAUUUCACCAUUGUAAACUCGACUCAGAUGAAACGUUCAAUUCCUCGUCUUUGAAGCUAGUCAGAGGAGAAGCACUGGUCAUCAACUGUAUGCUUCACCUGCCUCGGUUCAGUUAUCAAACACCUAAUUCCCUCGUCUCUUUCUUAUCCGAAACCAAAACAUUGAACCCAAAACUUGUAACGCUUGUCCACGAGGAAGUCGGGAUGAGCGUCGACCAAGGCUUUACGACUCGGUUCAUGGAUUUGCUGCACCAAUUCUCGGCCAUUUUCGACUCCCUCGAGGCAGGUUUCCCAGUGGCAAACCCAGCCCGUGGGUUUGUCGAGCGUGCCUUCCUCGGUCCAUGGAUCUCGGCUUGGUUGACACGCAUAGCGGCUGCCACAGAAAAUUCGGAAGUCGAGAGUUUUUUGUCCUGGUCGCGGUGGUUGGAGACCAACGGGUUCAACCCCGUGGACGUAAGCUUCACGAACUGUUGCCAAGCCAAGCUCCUCUUGAGUCUCUUCAGCGACGGCUACAAAGUGGAAGAGUUGGGCCGAAACGGCAUCGUUUUGGGCUGGAAAUCUCGGCGUCUGGUAUCUGCCUCAUUCUGGGCCUCUCCUGAGCCCAAUCUGUAAAUAAUCAU